CGCAUCAACGCAGAGAGCUUCCUGCCAGUCGAUCGAGGGAAGGCUUCGCAUCCCCGGCCCUCUCGCCCACCCGCAGCGAGAAAGACCGCUCCCCUGCCGCGUCAGGCUUUUCAUCGCCUAAUCUAUCGGACGAGGACCUCUCCUCGUCCCUUGGGGCUGACAGGUUCGGCCGCCCUCUCCGGAGAAUACCUGGCAACUACACGUUCCCUGGAGCCCCGGACGCGCCGUCUGAGACCGACACAGCGGGAGAGCCUCCACGCGACGUGAUGUCGGACAAUGAGCUCCACAGCUUUGUGGACCGUUUCCGGUCUCUCGUAGAUCAAAUCACACGAGAGACCGAGGAUGGGAUUGCACUUACCCGGAACGACAGCACGGGGUACUACGCCUCCCCCUCGUCUCAUGAUAUAGAGAACCUUAGACCAAGCCAUCGCUCACCCUUCCCCUCUGAGGACGACGAUGACUACGUACCUGUGCUCGGGAAGACCAUCCACCGCAUGCCGACCAUAGAGUCGCUCGGCUCGCGCGAGGUGAUGAGCCUCGCGACGUCGAGUAUACACCGAGCGUCUCCAGGACCGUCGUACCACAUGUCUCGGCCGUCGACCCGCUCGAACAAUUUCAGCCUCAGCGAGGCAGGCAUCGAUACGCCCUCCAUCCGAAGCCGUGCUAACUCACUCGACGCGGCGCUCGCGCUUGUUUCGACACCAACGACGAUGGACCUUCCGGAGGACGUGUGGCCAGGCACCGUACAGCCCACAACUGGGUCCGGAGAGGUGUCGAGAUCCGGGUCGCAUGCAAGCAGUAGUGGCAAGAGCGAGCUUCGAGAUCCAUAUCCGCCCGAGGGCCAGUAACGAGUUGCCUUGAAGUAGGUCUAUUUCUCCCCGUGACGGACAUAUACGCAGCUGCUCGUCAUGUUCCGUUUGCUGUGGACUUCCGAGGUACCCACCAUGCUGUCGUUACGGUUGAGUAACUUACUUUUGGUCCUAUGGUGCCAUACCCACCGCAACCUACACGAGUUGGCGCAUUGUCACCCUGUACCUAUCGAUAAAUGAUCAGAGUCCAUUGAAGACAUGAAGC